AUGGUGAAUCUCAUCGGGAGAGCAUCUGAGAGGCGAAUCACAGACCAGGCAGUCAUUCUGGAGGGCGGGCUGCAGAGGAAGCCCGAGCAGGCGAGGCAGCGGGAUCUCCGAGUCGAGAACCGAGACGCGUUCGUCGAAUCACUCCUGCGGCAUGCCGCUGCGGGAAGACUACAUUCACAAGAUACCAUCCUCACACCUGAAGGUAAAGCACCCAGAAGUGCUCUUGACGCUUCCAGAUUUCAUGCGCGAGGCCGUCCCCGAGCAAAAAUGCAGAUGGAGAACCUGACUGCUCUGCUCGCUCUACCGGAGUUCUUGAAGGAGCCUAUCCCGAGGGAGCUAGAGCCGUUGCCCGUUCCUGUGCCUCCGGAGAGGAAGGACUCGCUGGGUAAGAGCGUGCGGAGUAGUAGUAUGUCAGCACCGCCGCUGGCGUCAUCUUCGCCUACGACGGGUUCUCCGACGACGGUGUCGAAGAUGUCAAGAGCGUCGAGGAUGCAGAGGGUCAGUUCGAUGUACGUUGCGGAGUACGACGAGACACUGCACAUGUUACCUGGUGCGACAUUGGAAGCAGAGGUCCUACCUGCAGCGCAAAUUCCGGGGAAGACGAGCGAUAGGUAUGAAUGUCUCAUACUCAAGUGUGGGCUCAGCACGUCACCGUUCCUUCGCCUCCCCACGCGCGUCACACCAGGGAAGAAGGAAGUGCGACCUGCAGGACAACACUUACACGUUCAGCUCUCCGUCUCAGGCGGCCCUGCCAACGGGAAUGGCCCUUCAACCUCCGUGCAUAGCACGCUCAUGUAUGCGCCGCGCCUCUCCGCGAUGCGUGCGACAGGCUACAUCUGCGCGUUGUGCUCGUUGCUCCUCGUCCACGUGUCGCAGGCCCAGGACUACCCCGGUUCGUCCUCCGAGCACUGGGCGGAGCUCAAGCUGCACGAAAAUGUCAAGAAGCACUCUACGCAGGGCAUCUGGCCGAUGGAAGGACACGCGCUCUCGGCGAUGUCUGCGUACAAUCUGUACGCGACUCCUUUCCGUUGUAGCGUACGGGAAGGACAGAAAGAAGGCCGACGUUGGGCUACCUACCAAUGGCUGCCGUGCUCGUGCGUUGACUAA